GCCCUCUGUUUAGCCCGGAAGCGGAAAGUGUUUCUUUUCUCCACCGCGCCGGAGUCGUUUCUCAAACGAGCGGCGGAUCCAUCGCAGCGGCAAUUAUGAGCCUCUUAAACAAGCCCAAAAGUGAGAUGACCCCUGAAGAACUGCAAAAGCGGGAGGAGGAGGAAUUCAACACGGGGCCUCUGUCGGUGCUCACACAAUCCGUUAAAAAUAACACCCAGGUGCUCAUCAAUUGUCGCAAUAACAAGAAGCUUCUGGGCCGUGUGAAGGCCUUUGAUAGGCACUGCAACAUGGUGUUAGAGAACGUCAAGGAGAUGUGGACCGAGGUGCCCAAGAGUGGGAAAGGCAAGAAGAAAUCCAAGCCGGUCAACAAAGACCGUUACAUCUCAAAGAUGUUCCUGCGGGGAGAUUCGGUCAUUGUAGUGCUGAGGAAUCCCCUUAUUGCUGGCAAGUAAACAGGCCGAGGUGGCUCACGAGCCUGGCAAUGCCAAGAUGCCACGUUUAGGAUUCUUCUCAAAAGACUGGAAUCUGUUGCCUUUAGUUUUAAGGCGGGGAUAUCUUAUAGUCAACUGUCCUUCCGGUGUUUCUUGUGUCACAUGUGUGCAGCUCCGUGACGUGCUGACGGAUGAAAUUCCCUCGUCACCUCAGUAUGUUCCUCUUUUUUAUAUAAUAAACAUUUUGUUGAAUUUG